AUGUCAUCCAACUUUCUACAAGAUUUGAUCUGUUCACGCAUUGGUAUAGAAAACGGGACCGGUUUAAGUACUUUUGAGGAUGAUUUGGGAGUAUGGACUAUCACACCAUCAAAUAAUGUGAAAUGGGAACGUCAAAAUCGUAUUGAAGACCAUACAAGAGUAAGCCAUGAGACACUACUUUUUAGUGAGAACGGAACUUCUAUAGAUCUCGGGAAAUGGUACAAUAUAUCUGUAGAUGUAAAUGGAAUAGGUCCAUUCAAGAUAAUCUUAGAAGCAGCCUUUUACAAUAAUAAAAGUAAAACAGUAGAAGCUAUAUCGGUAGAUGAUACAUCGAUAGCGUAUAGGCCUUGCAAAGGAGAGCAAAUAGAUACUACCUGCCAGGAUAUAAGUAAACCAGUAAGAAUAGAAUGUGAAACACAGUUCCUUGUAGGUGACAUUAAAUUAUCACUAGAACCAGUAUACAAAACCGAUUGUCAAGAAGAAACUAUUGAAACUGACUUAAACUACGUUUGCAGAAAUAACUUUAAAAAAUCGGAACAAUGUUAUUACAGUGUGUUUGAACGUAGAAACAAAUCUGAAGACUGUUACGAGUGUAUGAAAAAUAUUUCUGUAAAGUAUUUGUGCAUCGGUAUAACAGAAGAAACAGAGAAAACAUCCAUUGGGUCAUCUACCACAUAUGAUAGCAUUGGAUUAGCAGCUGGCGUUAGCGGAGGCGUACUACUUACAAUCAUAGCUAUCAUUGUUAUAUUAAGUUUAAGAGGGUCAAAUAGCUGUGAUUGUGUGGCGAAAAAUAUUACGUCCUUCAGGAGAUAUGGACAAGAAAGUAGAAUUACAGAAACUGGUGUCUAUGAAUGUUCAAAUAUUUCCUCGAGAUUAUCUGACCACGCUUAUGACUCGUUUGAAUGCGCAAAUUAUUACAACAUGAAAAAUGUUCCUAAUUCCUCUUAAAUUGAACAUAAUUGAAAAAACAAAUCAAUAAAUCAAUCAUAAGGAAGUUGAGCCACCGCUUCCUGCAAC